ACCUCUAGAUGUCGCUGUCACCGUCUGUAGCGCUUGACUGGUUGAGCAGUCGGCGUCCUCGCGCGCCUCUAAUGUGUCAGCGCCAAACAGCAGGAAAAAACUUCGGCAAAAAUGGCGGAGGGUGCAACGUCUCUGAAAGGGUUGCGGGCGCAAUUGGCUGCAGCUGCGCAGGCGCAGGCAGAGGAACGGCGCAGCCAGGCAGGGAACAGCCCAACACCAGCAGCUCCAGCCAGCACAUCGAAGAGCCAGACCAGGCCAGUCAUUGAUGGGGCAGCCCUGAGGAUAGAUGACAAACUUCGAGUGGCCAAAGAGAGGAGAGAAGAGCAGGAAAAGCAACAUGCGGCCCGUGAGACUCAGCUCCUGGAGCGAGAACGCAAGGCCCGGCUGCAGGUGGAGCGACAGAUGGAGGAGAGACAAAAGAAGCUUGAAGAGCAGCGCAGGAAGGAGGAACAGAGGAGGGCUGCAGUGGAAGAGAAAAGAAAGCAGAAAUUAGAGGAAGAAAAGGAACACUAUGAGGCUGUGAUGAGACGUACCCUGGAGCGCAGCCACCGAGUAGAACAGAGACAGAAGAGAUGGUCCUGGGGUGGACUUUCAGACUCUGACAACAAAAAUGGACAGAGUGACAGUGGUUCCACCUCCUCCCCGAUUGCUAUAGUAAUCUCCCCUGCUUCUCCAGCCUCCAAGCCACCCAGGAAUCAGACGUCACAAGACAAGCGCUCUUCCUCUACUACGAACCUGAAACAGACUGACUCAGUCAUCAGCAAGCGUCUCUCCUCAUCCUCUGCCACCCUCAUUAAUUCUCCUGAUAAAAGUGCGAAGCGGAGAAGUUCAUCUUUGAACCGGUUGCCUAGCAAUGCUCUUCAGGCCAAUAAAGAAGCUCAUAAGCAGCCUCAGGUGGAAAAGACAGGCCCAAACCUGAAGAAGCGAAGCUCCUCCCUCUCUCGAGUAGGGGCUAAAACACAGCCUGCCACCAAACCAGAGAAAUCCACAGCAGAUGAAUCAGCUCGCCGCUCGUUGGCCCCCGUGGACAGCGGUGUCCUCAGUCGGCUGCUCACACCCACCCAGGCCUCGCUAGCUAGAAGCAAGAGUGCCGCGGCCCUUUCCGCCGAUGGAGGCGACGCCCAAGGAUGCUGUCUGUCCCCUGCCAUGUCUCUCUCUGUCUCACACCCACCAACCCACCCAUCAAACCCAGUCUUCCUGAGGCCAUCAGUGCUUAUCAGCAACAGUUCCCCAUCAACCACAUCUGCCAGCCCCAUGCAGCCGCCGGGCCGCGGACCCCUACGCAGUCGCAGCAGUGACCGAAAGAAAGGCCCGCCUACUUCUGUGUCUGCGGAUGCCAUCUCCAGUAUGACACAGCAGGAGGGUGAGAAGGAGAAGCGCUUCACGUCACCAGUAGGAAAACGCCCUGCCUCACCCUCCAGUCGUCACCGAUCCCCUUCUCCUGCUCCUGCUGCUAAUAACACCUCAAGAGCGCCCUCACCUGGAGCAGCCAAGCAAAGUCCACGUUUCCGCCCUCCUUCCCCCAGUGGCUUGAAACAGCGUCCUCCAUCCCCUCAGCUCUCUGCCGCAUCCAAACCUCCACCCAUCCAGAAACCUGCUCUAACCCCCACCGGCCCACCCACCCUUCGCAGGAGGGAUUCCAAACCAAAAGAAAUGUCUCCCAUGAUACCUAUCGCCCCACAGUCUCCAGAAACCAGCACGGCACCCGCACCGACACCCACACCUACACCCAAGACCAAAGAGGAAUCUAAUUCCAAAGCCAACGCAGGAACCAACUCGGCUGCAGAGGCUUCCAAGAUCCUGGCGGAGAACCGUCGUCUGGCACGUGAGCAGAAGGAGAAAGAAGAACAACUCCGCAUACAGAAAGAAGAAGAGGAGCGGCUGAGGAAGGAGGAGGAGAAGCGGCUGGCAGAGGAGGAGCGCUUGAGGCGCGCUGAGGAGGAGAAGAGGCUUGCGGAGGAGAAGAAGCUAGAAGAGGAGGAGCAGGCUCGUAUAGCAGAGGAGGACAGACAGCGGACAGAGCUGGAGGAGCAACAAAGACAGGCUGAGGAACAGAAAGAGCGCGAGGAGGCUGAAGCAAAGGCCCUAGAGGAGGCAGAGAAGCAGCGUCAGGAGAGAGAGCGCAUUAUGCAACAGAACCAACAGGAGCGCAUGGAGAGAAAGAAGAGAAUUGAAGAAAUUAUGAAGAGAACCAGAAAAACAGACCAAAUAGAUUUUAAGAGUAAUGAUGAGAGAGACAUUCCUGAUGAAAAUGGAGAGGAUGCUGAGGACCAAAUAAACUGUGAAAAUAAGGGAUGGAAUAACUCGUCUGUCACAGAGAAUCAGGAUGAGUCAGAGCAGAGUGCCUAUGAGACCGAGCCAUCUCAGGAGCAUUACUCGCCUGUGGAGGAGCCAGUUGCUGAACGAAAGGAGCCAGAUGUUAGUAUGAACAGACAAACAGAUGUAGAUAAUAAGGAGAACAGCAAUGGACCCAGCACAGAAGAUCCCUCAGUGGACAGCAGCCCGCCUCCCAAGUCCUGUCUGGUGGAGGGCUCCGAGUUUGUGAACGAGGACUCUAAAGUGAGCCUGGUGCCUGGGUUGAAUGGUAAAGGAGGACCCUGGAGCUUUGAGGAGCUGAUCGAUCUGGGUGUUCAUGCGAAGAGCAAACCCCUGAUGGACGAUGGGGGCCCUGAGGGGCCUAGAGUGGCCUUUGAAGAGAAAACCAGCUCAAUUCAUCCAGCCCAGUCUAUUGAAACCCUGUCCGAGAUGUGAAUGCGCAGGUCUGUUUAAGGCCUGCUGAUUAUUGCACUCCACGAGUCACGUCCAGCUGAGCCUCAGAGCGUCAGCGCUCAGACUCGUCUGGACAGCCAGGGAAAGCGCACAGUGCCGCACAGCCUCUGCAGAUAAUAGACGGAUAAAGCAAGAGAAAAUAAACACAAGUUGGAAGAAACGAGCUAAAGAAAUGCUUCAGGGAAAUUGAUAGAUUCCUUCAGUGUGCUUGCUUCUUUGUUUAGCAGCUCUUCACCUUUAUAAUAUUGUCAUUUGAAUUUCUUUUUCUUUUUUUGGGGGAUUUUUUUUUGUCUUUUAAAUGUGGAGACAACUUUAUUUAUUCAUGUGGCUUCUCCACAUUUAAACGGCUGCUGUCUCAUGACGGUUACCACGUGCACUGUUUUUUGCUAAAUUCCAGUUCAGGUGUUCACGUGGCACAUGCAAAUUCAUUAUAACUUCAACUUAAGCGUUUUGUAGAAGGAUCUGAUUAGUUAUUGAGUCAGUGCAGAGUGUUUUUAGAAAGGAAACAUCUUGCAUAUUUUCAGCUGACAUGGCGGUUCCAGUCACAGACAUACUAAUAAUUAAAACCCUGUGCCUGAACUGUGAGCGGAGCUCAGGAAUGUGACCUGCUGGUGCAGCAACACUCGAGUUCUGAUGUGCUUUUAAAUGUGACCUCAGGAUAUUUACAUCUGAGCUUCUGUUUCUCCGCUCCAAAGGAAUAAACAUCACCACUGUAUAGUGUUUAACACUAUAUCCCCUGUGAAAGAACUCUAGCUCCCGCUGAGAAGCAUUCCUACUGUGUAACACUUGCAGAUAGCAAAUCCCUCUCGAGAUGUUUCAUUAAAUGCGUUUACCAGACUCUUUCAUUCAAAUUGAGUGCAAACGUGUUCAUACUGCCUUGAGCUCUGAGAUCGAAGGAUGAUGGAGCUCAAUGCAGACUGGCAUAACACUUGUGGCUUCUGUUUAAUGAGGUUUUUAUGUUGUACGUUCCUGUUUUGUAGUAAAUAAACAUGUACAUAAGUAUGAUUAGUUAUCAAAUAUCUAAUUUAAGUGCACCCUCAAUAACUUUGGAUGUCUGCAUGAAUCUAUUGCAUAAUAUACAAUUACUGUAACUCAUCCUUGCACACUUUUUGCAUGUUUCUGAUGUCCGUUCCCUGGAGUUUGAAGAAACAUGUUUCUGUAACUAAACUUGAAUGACUUAAUGUUCUCAAAUUCCCAAAGUCCCCUCAGGGUUGUACUGUACUAUCAAGUCCUGAUGUUUUCCUUUGUAUACAGUUACUGUUAGUUCACUUCUCACCAUUCAUUCAUGGAAUAAAUAACCACACUAAAUUUGGUUCUCUCUUUGAAAAUGCAUAAAUAUAUAGUUAAAACUCUUCUAAGUAUUAUGUAAAUCAGUAUUAGGCUCUCUAGCCAUACUUGUGGUUGGGAAUAAGAGCUAGGCUGCAGGUUGGUGUACUGUAUAAUGUGGUACAGCUCUAUACUAUAAGGUGAAAUGUUGUUCCACACUCACGAGCCUGGUGUAACUACCAGUACGCAGCAAGUUACAGCAGCAGUGCGUGUUUAUCUUUUUUUGAGCAGAGUGUAAAGUGACCAGAGUAGGGAAAAAGAAUGUGGACUGAGGGCGCAAGCGAAGUCAAGGGUGGCUUUUUGAUUGUGAAGCUGCUUCGAGGUUGAACAGGGAUGUUUGCAGAGAAACCGAUGAGCAUGUCGCCUCUCGUUCGGAGUUGUGAUUUACAUUUGCAUCUAGAGGUUUCAGGGACGUUUAAGUGAUGUAUGCACUAGACUUUAUCUGUAAGGAUUUGGCAUUCGUCCAUUGAGCAUUUGACUUGAAUUAAAUGUCGAGACGUUUGUUAUAAAUGAUUGGUCUAUAUAUGCUUGAAGAGUUCAGUUGGCUUUGUGUACUGUAGUUGUGUAAAUUGCUAAAGAGUAUCCUUUAAAAUAUUAUUCACAGACUUUUUUUACCGUUCAAUCGAUACGUAAAUUUCCUUAUAUCAUUCCAUCUGUGUUUAGAAAUACUGUAGAUCCCUCGGUGUGUUUCUUCUGUUAUUUUAUAUGCAUCCGCUUUGUUAUUUUUAUCUUUUGUUGUAUAAUAGUCACUUUCCAGAUUUCUUUUUGACUCAGGCUCUUAGACUUCAGUGGAAAAGUGUUUGCAGAGGUUAUAAGUGACAAGCGCUUGGCAUGCGACUUGUGUACGUGUUCAGUGCGAUUCAGAAAUGGGUUUGAGAUCAUUGUGACCCCUUGGUUUGGCCUUUAAUAUGAACUCUUAACAUUUUAAAUUUCUAAAACUGCUUCAAGUUGUGUUGUAGCUGCUGCAGACUCAAUCAUUGAGGCGUGUGUGUACGUGUUAGUUACGUUUGCUUUUGUAAUAUACUAGCACAGCCACUUUCAGACGAGUUCACUCCGAUGCAGAUGUUGUUUCCACUAACAGGACCUUUGGAGCCCUUUGUGCUGUAUACAUCAGAACUGAAACUGUUUAAUGUCAAUUGUACACGAUACAGGGGUAGAAUAGGACGGUGCCUUAGAUGCAGAAUGGGCUGUAUAUUAUUUUCAUAUAUUAAUAUCUUAACGUGUCACGUGAGCUUACCUCGGCCAUGACAAUCAUACUACUCGACCAGGGUCAUGAAUAGGAUCUGCUUUUGUUAGAGCAGUUUCUUGUCUUGAAAUAGCCCUGACCACAAAUUAUAUUUGUAAAUAUAUCUAAAAAAAAUGUACGGGAAAAGUAUAAAUUGUUAAAAUAAAGUUUUGGAAGAUAAAAGAAAA